UCUAGAAUCAAAAUGUCGACGAUCUCCUUCGUCGCUCUUCAAUGUUACGAGUGUUCAACGAUGCAAGUGAAGCAGAAGAAGAAGAGUAGUAACAAAUGGAAUUGUGUUGUUUGCAAUGAGAAACAAUCAGUUCGGAAGGUUUUUUAUGAAGCAUUUGUUGCUAAAGAUGUUAGAUUAUUUGUUCAGGAUUUCAAUAUGUCUAGGCAAUUUAAUGAUCAGAACAAUAAACAAACCCUAAUUGAAGCGGCUAUUGGUAAUUAUGAGAGUUCUCAGGGUAAUGGUAAUGGAUGUUUGGGAAAGAGGAGGAAUGACUGGAGUGAGUAUUUGGAGCCUGAAAUUGAAAAUAGUGAAGAUGGUCAAGAAAAAGGAUGUGAGUUAGAGCCUGAGUUUGUGACAGAGUUGCCGAAAGAGAUCUUUAAGAGGCCUAAACUUAAGAACCACUCACUUGGAUUGAGAAGAUCUGGAGCAGUCAAGUCUUCCAAUCCUGUUUCAUCAUCGGAAACUAUCAGAACCAAAGGUUCAACGAGGCUAUGCAGCAAUGAAGUCACUUAUAAGGAUAUUUUCGAAAAGAAUGUUAGCAAGCCAAAGAUGACAUUUCAGACGGAAACAACCAAUCUGCGUAGCAACAAAGUCACUUGCAAUGAAGUUUUCCAAAAGAAUAAGCCAGAGAUAACAUUUCAGGCAGAAACAGCCAAAGGAGCAUCAAAAUGGGCUGAAUACUUAACCGAGGAAGAGGAAGACAAUGACUACUUGUUUAAUGGCAGGGAUGAAAAGUCAACUGAAAAUCCUUUCCAGAAUUGGAGAGAAAAUCUCUUGGAGAUGCAAUUUAAUGAUCAGAAGGUGGAAGAAGAUUUACACCCCGACUUCUAUUGAGGAUCUUACAUUAUCCGUUUCUGUCCAUCAGUGCUAUUGAAAGGCAAGACAGAGAAUGUAAAGCGCAGUGGGAUAUUCGUUUGAAAAUGUUGGUUUUAUAUGUUUCAACCAUUUUCAGUGAACUCUGUAGAGCAUUUUAUCUUAGUAAUUUGUGCAUAUAUGACUAGAGUUACCCCAUUGAAGAUAAAUUGUUUUACAAUACACAGGAUAUGGAUGAACCUGGAGUCUUGAC